AUGUUGAUGGUGGCGAAGGAAGAGAACGAAAGCUGCGGCAGCGGAGUGCACCACCGCACGACGUCGUCGACGUCAUCGGCUCCGUCGCAAAGCCGGCAACAUCGCCAGAAAGUCGAAGUGUACGAUGAGAUUCUCCGCCGGCUUAAUGAUUCCGGUAACGAAGAAGCUUUGCAGCCUGGAUUUAACGAUCAGCUUUGGGCUCACUUCAACCGUCUUCCUACACGGUAUGCGUUAGAUGUGAAUAUAGAAAGGGCAGAAGAUGUUCUAAUGCACAAGAGAUUACUACAAUUAGCACAUGAUCCGGCUAAUAGGCCUUCAAUUGAAGUUCACUUAGUCCAGCUUCAUCCCUCAUCUGAUGAAAACCCAGCUGACUCGCUCCAAUCAUAUUCUCCUGGGGUAGAUUCUGGUCAAAGCUCUCCUAAGUAUUCAAGCAGGCAGGGUAUACUUCCACCUCCUGCUUUUGGCUCUUCUCCUAAUCUUGAAGCACUGGCUCUUGAAGAAAAUGAUUCUGAAGACUCAGAAGAGGAACGAUUCGUACAUGCAAGUGUACAAUAUUCACGGCCCAUGCAUGAAAUCACUAUCUCAACAGAUGACAAGCCAAAGCUUCUCAGCCAGUUAACUGCUUUGCUUGCUGAGGUUGGACUGAACAUCCAAGAAGCACAUGCUUUUUCCACAACUGAUGGUUACUCGUUGGACGUGUUUGUUGUUGAAGGCUGGCCCUAUGAGGAAACAGAGAAGCUAAAAGCAACUUUGGAAAAAGAAGUCUUGAAGAUUGAGAGGCAUGAUAGGUCCAGACAGCAAUCAAUAUCAUCUUCUGAUGAGUGUGAUCAAGCAAGGAUGAACAAUGAGCUGGAUCAUUUGAAUAUUCCAAGUGAUGGCACAGAUGUUUGGGAAAUAGAUCCCAAACAUUUGAAAUAUGGAACUCAAAUUGCAUCUGCAUCAUAUGGUGAACUAUUUAAAGGUACAUAUUGUAGCCAGGAAGUAGCCAUCAAAGUUCUCAAGACUGAACAUGUAAGUACAGAAAUGCAGAAAGAGUUUGCUCAAGAAGUCUACAUCAUGAGAAAGGUUCGACACAAGAAUGUUGUGCAAUUCAUGGGAGCAUGUACCAAGCCCCCAGGCUUAUGCAUAGUUACAGAGUUUAUGUCUGGUGGAAGUGUAUAUGACUACUUACAUAAGCAUAAAGGGUGUUUUAAAUUUCCUACCCUGCUCAAAGUUGCAAUUGAUGUUUCUAAAGGAAUGAGCUACUUGCACCAACAUAACAUAAUCCACAGAGACUUGAAAUCGGCCAAUCUUUUGAUGGAUGAAAAUGGUGUUGUAAAGGUUGCCGAUUUCGGAGUUGCUAGAGUGAAAGUUCAAUCUGGGGUUAUGACAGCAGAAACUGGGACUUAUCGUUGGAUGGCUCCUGAGGUUAUUGAACACAAGCCGUAUGAUCACAAGGCUGAUGUAUUUAGUUUUGGAAUUGUUUUAUGGGAGUUGCUCACUGGAAAGCUUCCAUACGAAUAUUUGACCCCUCUACAGGCAGCCAUAGGAGUUGUUCAGAAGAGUAUACGGCCCACCAUCCCCAAGAGUGCUCAUCCAAAGUUUGUUCAGAUUCUUGAGAGGUCUUGGCAGCAAGAUCCAACAUUAAGACCUGAUUUCUCUGAAAUCAUUGAGCUCUUGCAGCAAUUAGCCACGGAGGUUGGAGAUGAAGGAGAGGAGCGGCGCCGGGGUAAUUCGGGCGGAUUUCUGUCUGUCCUCAGACGAGGUCAUCACUAA